AUGUUCUUCUAUUUAACUACUUUAAGCCUUCAAAAGUUUAUUAAGGAGGUCGUGCCGGUUCUGCCAGAAUCAACACCUGAGAAUGAACGUUUUGUUGUAACUGAGGCUUGGAAGCACUCAGAUUUUUUGUGUAAGAAUUAUAUUCUUAGCGGACUGGAGGAUGAUCUUUACAAUUCCUAUAGUAAUGUGGGAACUUCAAAAGAACUAUGUGAUGCAUUGGAAAAGAAAUAUAAAACUGAGGAUGCCGGAUUGAAGAAGUUUAUCGCUGCUAAGUUCCUGGGCUACAAAAUGGUAGAUGGUUUGGUGAUUAGUGGGGCGUUUCAAGUUGCGGCAGUGAUAGAGAAGUUGCCUCCUUCAUGGAAGGACUUCAAAAAUUACUUGAAACACAAACGAAAGGAGAUGAUACUGGAAGAUCUCAUCGUCCGGUUGAGAAUCGAGGAAGAUAACAAGGCAGCAGAGAAGAAGGCUAAUGGGAGAUCAGCCAUAGGGGGAGCACAUAUUAUUGAAACGGAUCUAACGAAUUUGAAAAAGAGGAAAAAGGCAUCGGGACCAAGGAACUAUCCCAACAAGAAGAAAUUCAAGGGAAACUGCCACAAUUGUGGGAAAAUCGGACACAAAGCUCUAGUGGGAAAUUCGAAAGAGUGGUGGAUUGAUUCUGGCGCCACUCGCCACAUUUGUGCUGUUAGAGAAGCCUUUGCUUCAUAUGCUCCCGCCGGGCCCGACGAGACCAUAUUUAUGGGAAAUUCUGCAACAGCCAAGAUUGAAGGUUGUGGAAAGAUACUGCUGAAGAUGACUUCUGGCAAGGUGGUGACUCUCAACGACGUUUGUCAUGUUCCUGAAAUUAGGAAAAAUUUAGUAUUUACGGGGCUUCUAGUGAAGAACGAUUUUAAGUGUGUUUAUAUUUUUGACCAGGUUGUAAUAAGUAAGAACGAGAUGUACAUAGGAAAAGGUUACCUUACAGAGGGCCUUUUCAAACUGAAUGUAAUGGUCGUUGAUAAUAAUAACGUUUCUGCUUCGUCUUACUUGCUUGAGUCAAAUGAUUUAUAG